AUUCCAUUGAGUCUUAUAGGUAUAGUUCAUUCAAAUUUACUUAGUCUUAUACCGAUUUUAUUAUUAACCGUCUUCUUAAAUUUACUGAAUAUUAUCUGUAACUAUCACAUAGUGGUAGUUACGUCAAUAAUUUCAUCUCUUAUUCGUUUAUGGUUGAUAAAACAUUUAUAAUUUACUUACUGAUAACGAAAUUUGCGUUUCAUCUUUUGCUAAAUUCAUAAAACUAUGACGGAAUUCGGUGCAGAACAUCCAAGGAAUUUGAUUCCAGAACUAUGCAAACAGUUUUAUCAUUUGGGAUGGGUUACUGGAACCGGUGGCGGUAUUUCAAUUAAGGAAGGUGACAAAAUCUACAUAGCGCCAUCUGGAGUACAAAAGGAGUGUAUGAAAUAUGAUGACUUGUUUGUUCAGACUAUCGACGAUGUUGAUUUGGAGCUGCCACCAGCUGAGAAAAAACUGAAAAAGAGUCAAUGCACACCACUGUUUAUGCUGGCGUACCGAGAGCGCGGCGCCGGCGCAGUCAUACACACACACUCACCCCAUGCAGUCCGUUGCACGCUACUGUACGACAAAGAGUUCACCAUCACACAUCAGGAGAUGAUUAAAGGUAUCAAAGACGCGAAGUUGGGUCGUUAUCUACGGUACGAUGAGAAACUCGUGGUUCCUAUAAUAGAAAAUACUCCGUUUGAGAAGGACCUCGCUGGUAGCUUGGCUGAGGCACUGCACAAGUAUCCUGGAACGAGUGCUGUCCUGGUCAGAAGACACGGAGUUUAUGUAUGGGGAGACACAUGGCAGCAAGCUAAGACUAUGACCGAAUGCUAUGAUUACCUAUUUGAAAUGGCGGUAGAGAUGAAGAGGCUCGGAUUAGAUCCUUCUUUUAAUCCAGAAAUCGAAAAUGGAAAACAAUAACCCAAGUGUUUAUAAAAAAAAAAAGAUUUGGACAUAGACUAUUGACCUGAUUAAUGACCACUUGUGAAAUGUAAUUAUCUCAGAUAAAUGAAUUCUCAAGAGUUUGUACAGUAAUUUUAUUUGAGUGUUAACAACGUUUUGAAUUUUAUAUAAAAGUACAAACUGACUCGGUAAACGUUGUUUUUAGAAUACAUUAUUUCUAGAACUAAACAUGAAAAUAUAUAUAUAUAUAUAUAUAUAUAUAUAUAUAUAUAUAUAUAUAUAUAUAUAUACCUACAAUAUGCACACAAAAAAUAAAAAUCGGUAAAGCCGUUAUGCACACAAGUUUGAUAACAAAACACCCUGACACAAGAAUUUUAUAUAUUAGAUUUGGAAUUUUGAGUUUCUGAAAUGAGAAGCGCAGCUAAACGUAAACACAAGUUCUGCAAUAAUGUAAAUCUUUCUACGUCUUACACCAGUAAUAUGUUUUUGAAAUUAUUGACUAUAUGAAGCGUUUUGCUAUUUUUUCUUAUAUAUAAACUGCGAUACUGUAUAUAAUUUAUAUUAUUCCUGUGCCAAUUAUGUUAUUAACACUAAAAAAUUGUAAUGUUUCAAAAUAACUAUGUCAAAUAACUCCAGAGUUAACUUUGUUAUCUUUAUAUUUAAUAAGAAUUGUUAUGUAUAUAUAUAUUUUUCUAAAUAAAACAAAUUUAA